AUGAUCUGUUCCCGAAGGCAGAAACGAAUGGUGUCCAGCAGCUUAAGCCGGUUUGGGAAACUUCUGCUCCGUUUGCCGAGUCUGCGCAGCAUCAGUUCGUCGGUCAUCGAGCAGCUGUUCUUCGUGCGCCUUGUCGGCAAGACACCGAUCGAGACCCUGAUCAGAGACAUGCUUCUCAGCGGGGCUACCCUCAACUGGCCCUAUGUACCUCUUUCAUAG